AUGGCGCAUGUCAUACUGGAGCGCUUGCAGAAUCACUUUGGUGAGGGUCCCGUUUCACCUCAGGAUGUCCGAGACCUGCUGCGAAAGCUCAAGGUUGAGGAGUCACUCAUCGACUGCGCGCUGCAGGCCUUCGAGGCCGAUGAACACCUCACGUGGAAGGGCCUUGUGUCUUGGAUCUUUGACUGCUCUGAGGCAAGGCCAGUCAAUCAUCAUGGCAUCUCCCCAAAAGACCUCCCUGACGCAGCCGAGCCGGCAAAGGCGAGGGCCCGGAAGAUAAGGGAAGCACUCGAGAUGACGGCGGAACGCUUUGCAGACUACAUGCAUCUCUUGGCCAAGUUCCCCCGGCGCUGCGAGAUUGCCAGAACGGAGCUCAGGGGGAUCACGCUUAAGCAGCUCAGGGUCGUCGAAGACUUCAUAGUGCAGCACGCUGGCGAGUGGUGGCUUGACGUGCGAUCCAAGCGACCUGUUGAUCCAGCCACGGCCAACCUUUACCACGUAAGCACCUGGCUCAUCAUGCCAGCCACGAGUACAGCAGACUGUGCUUGGGUGGAGUUGGCAGCCGGGGGUGAACAGCGGCCACAGUGGUUCUGCAGCCAUUGGUGGGGCGAACCCGUGCGAGACUUCAUCGGAUGCGUCGCAAAGCACAAGGAAGUGCGUUGCUUCAAGACCAACCCAGGGUACUGGGUUUGCGCCUACGCUAACCGGCAGCACUCGCUGGACGAGGAGCUCUCCUCAGAUCCGAAGUCGUCAAGCUUCUUCAAAGCACUGCAACUGGUGGAGGGCAUGCUCAUCAUUUUGGACACCAAUGCCACGCCUUUUACUCGCCUGUGGUGUGCCUUUGAGGCUUACACUGCUCUGAGCGAGAGGACGGAUGGAAACCAGCAUCUACUCCUCGACAUUGCCACAAAGGUCCCAGGCACUGAUUCUGCGGCUCUACUCACGGACGGUCUCACAGAGGCCGAGAAGCAGCUCGAGAGCGCACUCGAGGAGAAAGGCCAAGGACCUACACGUGGGCCCCCGCCACAGGGCAUGGGCCCAAUGGGUGCGAGUCUGGCGAAGCGACUGCAGCUCUACAGACAGCGAGCUUUCACGCUCGAGGUCUUAAGUAGGGGCCUUCGGCCUCAGUUGCAUGAGGCCCUUGCCUCUAAAGCGGAGGACCGCAGGCGGAUCCUGAACUGCAUUGCCCAGAAGGACCUGGAUGCAGAGCCUGCCGGUCAGCACGUCAACUACGAUGCCGUCAACACGUCUUUGGGGGGCAUCUUCGCAAGAGCUGGCUUGGAGCAGGCCUUGCUCAAGGGGCAGGUCCAAGAGCUGUCUUUCCACGAGGCUCUUCGGGCGGACACGAGCUGUUCGGAGCUCAAGCUCGACCUGACGCACAUGUCGCCCAGCGACGCGCGCCUCGCGGACCUGGGACUGUGCAUACCUCGUUCCCUGCAACGCCUGCAGAUGGACCUGGGAGGCUGCGAGGAGUGGACCGCGCAAGGCCUGGCGGCCUUGGUGCGCGAACAUCGCAGAUGA